GGUCUGAGCGGCUAAUUCUGUUGCAUCUGUGUUGCCCUGAGCUACAAAGCAAGCACACCUACUUUUCAAUCAGAUUAAUUGGACAGGUACCGUGAGGUCCAGGUGGGCGGGCCUAGAAGCUACACUUCAGAAGCCAGGUCAUCAAGAAUAACAUGGCAGGGGUUUUAGGGAUGAACACCAUCACUAAGAAGCUGCCUUUACCAGAUGUUUUUGCAGAGGACUCUGAGAAUGAACGAAUAUUUUACGGCUUUUCUGACAGUGAAAUCAGCACCCACUGCCAUCAGAAUUCAAAUUUGGAAGAGGAAGAUGAAGUACAGCCUGACCUUUCCCCCAAGAAGCAGACAGCCCCAUCUAAACCAACCUCUGGUGCCAAAGCCUUCAGGCUGAGGGUGGCUCUCCGCUCCACUCCCUCUACCCAACAGUCCACUGAUGAUGAGGAGGAGAAGGAGGAGGAGGAGGAAGAAAAGAGGACAAAAAAGAGUGUGCUGAAGUGGGCAGGAAAGACCAAUCAGGCAAAGAAGAAGAAACAUGUUAAAUUUGAAGAUGAAGAGACAGCAGUGUCUCUGUCAUCUCCUUGUAAAGAGCAUGGAUCCGAUUCAGCGGAGGAUGUCUCCGCUUCUUUUCUGUCCAAGAGAGAACAGAACAUCAAGGCCAACAAAGCGAUGUUGGCUCAGCUGAUGGCAGACCUGCAUAAGAUGCCGGGAGGUGAAGGGCUUCUGAAAAAACAAGCAGACAAACCAAAGACAAAAGAGAGAAGUUCUCGUCCACCACGCUCUGGUGCAGCUGGAGGAGAGUCCAGGAAGAACCCGGAGCGGGCGUCUCGCAGACAGACCCGCUCUAUGGCGGGAGGUGAGAAUCCUUCCGCCCCCAAGGAGGAAGAACUGGAGCUCAGCUUGGAGGAUGAGCUGCUGGAGGUACGGCGAGCCCCGCAGCGCCGUGGCGCCCCACGGCCUAAUCAGUGCAAGCCUCAUUGCAUUCGUCCCGUGGAGGACAUCACAGAGGACGAGAUUCUGCUGGUUGCAGACAACAUGACUGAAAAAGUCUACGACAGAGUCACCGGCUCCACAUGUCAUCAGUGCCGUCAGAAAACUGUUGACACUAAGACGUGCUGCCGCAGCGAGGACUGUCGUGGGAUUCUGGGUCAGUUCUGUGGGCCAUGUCUGAGGAACAGAUACGGAGAGGAUGUCAAGAAGGCGCUGCUUGAUCCGGAGUGGAAAUGCCCUCCCUGUCGUGGCAUUUGCAACUGUAGCUUCUGCCGCCAGCGUGAGGGCCGCUGCCCGACCGGCAUCCUGUUCCCCCUGGCUCAGUAUCACGGCUUCUCGGACGUCCACUCCUACCUCAGCAGCCUUCGCAGCAAACUGAAGAGUGAGGACACAGAUGCAGAGAUCUGAUAUCAACACUAGGUGGAGCAAUUGUUCAAACCGUUUUUAUGUUCUCCUUAUUCCAAGUCUUUUAAUCCUAGUAAAACAUACACAACCUGUGAUUUUAAACCAAUAAAGUAUUUUCUGAUCA